UGAGGAUUUUACUCUUCUUCUACAGACGAACGCCCGACCCACUCACCUCUCUCUUUUAAUACAUUUCUUUUAUUAUUUAUAUUCAUAUUUUGUUAUUAGCGCAAUAGUACAAUUAUUUUAAUUUUUCUUUUUCUUUCAUUUUCUCUUCCAAAUACAAAACGCACCACUGUGGUGGUUGUUUUCUAGUGGUACGAUUGUGGGUGUGUGACUUUUUCACUUUAGUCUAUAACAACAGAGGCUGCAGAGCAGUUUUCCGAUAGCGGUUUUGAGUUAUUAUCAUGGUUAGGAAGAGGAGAACUGAACUUCCCACUGCCAGCAGUGGGGAGAGCUCGGAGUCCACUCAGGAAGCUAGUGGAGCUAGUGGAGGUAGUGGAGGAGGCCGAGGUUCUCAGCAGCCUGCAGCAACACCACAACAAGGAGCUACUGGGAUGGGAUUUCAAGGGGGUAGAGGUUGGGCUCCUCAAUCACAACAAAGCGGGCGCGGUGGGUAUGCAGGUGGCCGGGGUCCUCAGCGUGGUGGAAUGGCUCCACAACAGCAAUACACUGUCCCGACUGAAUAUCAAGGUCGGGGUCGUGGAGGAGGAGCACCACCUCAGCAACCUCCUGCAGCAGCUGCUGCUUAUGAGUCUGGAAGCAGAAGCCGAGCUCGUGUGGGUGGUGGCCGUGGGGUAGAGCCAGUGUCUUCUGGUGGCCCUCCUUCUAAGCCGUUAAGUUCCGAUCUGCACCAAGCUACGCAGGCGAGUUAUGCAGCCGGGGGAACUCCUCAUCGCGUUCCCUCUGAAGCCAGUUCAUCACGUCAGGCUGCUGAGUCUUUGACACAGCAGCUACAGAAGGUUUCUAUCCAGCAGGAGGUGCCUCCCAGCCAGGCAAUUCAGCCUGUCGCUCCCUCCAGCAAAUCAAUGAGGUUUCCUCUUCGACCAGGCAAGGGAGUUACUGGUAAGAAGUGUAUAGUCAAGGCUAAUCACUUCUUUGCUGAACUUCCAGAUAAAGAUUUACACCAGUAUGAUGUGUCAAUUAAUCCGGAGGUUACAUCAAGGGGGGUGAACCGUGCUGUGAUGGAACAGCUGGUGAAAUUGUACCGGGAGUCACAUCUUGGAAAGCGACUCCCUGCCUACGAUGGAAGGAAAAGUCUGUAUACUGCUGGGCCGCUUCCUUUCAUUUCAAAAGAGUUUAUGAUAACUCUCAUAGAUGAAGAUGAUGGAACAGGCGCCCCCAGGAGAGAGAGGGAAUUCAAAGUUGUGAUCAAACUGGCUGCACGUGCUGAUCUACACCAUUUAGGACUGUUCUUACAGGGGAGGCAAGCUGAUGCUCCCCAAGAAGCUCUUCAGGUUCUUGACAUUGUUUUGCGCGAGUUGCCUACAACUAGGUACUGUCCCGUGGGGCGAUCAUUUUAUUCUCCUGAUCUAGGGAGAAGGCAGCCAUUGGGUGAGGGUUUGGAAAGUUGGCGUGGUUUCUAUCAGAGUAUUCGGCCAACUCAGAUGGGACUGUCACUGAAUAUUGAUAUGUCCUCGACUGCUUUUAUUGAGCCAUUGCCUGUCAUUGAUUUUGUGACACAGCUUCUGAAUCGGGAUGUUUCUUCCCGACCAUUAUCUGAUGCUGAUCGUGUAAAGAUUAAGAAGGCUCUCAGAGGAGUCAAAGUUGAAGUUACUCAUCGGGGAAAUAUGCGCAGAAAAUAUCGUAUAUCUGGCUUAACAUCACAAGCAACACGUGAAUUGACUUUUCCUGUUGAUGAUAGAGGAACCAUGAAAUCUGUCGUUGAGUACUUCUAUGAAACAUAUGGGUUUGUCAUUCAGCAUUCUCAAUGGCCUUGUCUGCAAGUGGGAAAUCAACAGAGGCCAAAUUAUUUGCCUAUGGAGGUUUGCAAGAUUGUUGAAGGCCAAAGAUAUUCCAAGAGGUUGAAUGAGAGGCAGAUUACUGCUUUACUGAAGGUGACUUGUCAGCGUCCUCAAGAAAGGGAGCAUGACAUAAUGCAGACGGUUCACCAUAAUGCUUAUCAUGAGGAUCCUUAUGCUAAGGAGUUUGGUAUCAAAAUCAGUGAGAAGCUCGCUUCAGUUGAAGCUCGCAUUUUACCUGCUCCAUGGCUUAAAUACCAUGAUACGGGAAGGGAAAAGGAUUGUCUGCCUCAAGUUGGCCAGUGGAAUAUGAUGAAUAAGAAAAUGGUCAAUGGUGGAACUGUCAACAAUUGGAUUUGCAUAAAUUUUUCACGUGGAGUACAAGAGAGUGUGGCUCGUGGGUUCUGUCAGGAGCUUGCACAAAUGUGUUAUAUUUCUGGCAUGGCAUUUAAUCCGGAACCAGUACUUCCACCAAUUACUGCACGUCCUGAUCAGGUGGAGAGAGUUUUGAAGGCAAGGUUUCAUGAAGCCAUGACCAAACUCCAGCCACAGGGCAAGGAGCUUGAUUUGCUUAUUGUUAUUUUGCCAGAUAAUAAUGGUUCACUCUAUGGUGAUUUGAAACGAAUCUGUGAGACAGAUCUUGGGCUUGUUUCACAGUGUUGCUUACAUAAACAUGUGUAUAGAAUGAGUAAGCAAUAUCUGGCAAAUGUGGCAUUGAAGAUUAAUGUAAAGGUUGGAGGGAGAAAUACGGUGCUUGUUGAUGCAAUAUCAAGGCGCAUACCUCUGGUCAGUGAUCGGCCUACUAUCAUUUUUGGGGCUGAUGUUACCCAUCCUCACCCAGGAGAGGAUUCAAGCCCAUCUAUUGCUGCUGUUGUCGCCUCUCAAGAUUGGCCCGAGAUUACAAAAUAUGCUGGUUUGGUUUGUGCUCAGGCCCAUCGACAGGAGCUCAUCCAAGAUCUUUAUAAGACUUGGCAGGAUCCUGUAAGAGGAACUGUGUCUGGUGGAAUGAUCAAAGAACUGCUUAUAUCUUUCCGUAGAGCAACUGGGCAGAAACCUCAGCGCAUAAUAUUCUAUAGGGAUGGGGUCAGUGAAGGGCAGUUCUAUCAAGUCUUACUAUAUGAACUUGAUGCUAUUCGUAAGGCAUGUGCAUCUUUGGAGCCAAACUAUCAGCCUCCUGUGACAUUUGUUGUGGUUCAGAAACGCCAUCAUACUAGAUUGUUUGCGAACAACCAUAAUGACCGGAAUGCAGUUGACAAGAGUGGGAAUAUAUUACCUGGUACUGUUGUAGAUUCUAAGAUCUGCCAUCCUACUGAGUUUGACUUUUACCUGUGCAGCCAUGCUGGCAUUCAGGGCACAAGCCGACCUGCCCAUUACCAUGUGUUGUGGGAUGAAAACAAGUUCACAGCUGAUGGGCUGCAGUCCCUCACAAACAACCUCUGCUACACAUAUGCUAGGUGCACACGCUCUGUUUCCAUCGUGCCCCCUGCAUACUAUGCUCAUCUGGCUGCUUUCCGAGCACGCUUCUAUAUGGAGCCAGAGACAUCAGAUAGUGGGUCAAUGACAAGCGGUGCUGCUGCUGGUCGUGGGGGCAUGGGUGUUGGAGGACCAGGUCCUCGAAGCACACGGGUAUCAGGUGCUAAUGCAGCCGUUAGACCCCUCCCGGCCCUCAAGGAGAAUGUCAAGAGGGUCAUGUUUUACUGUUAGUUUCUUCUACAUUCAGGAACCAGAAUUUCCAGUUUGGCAUUUAAGGAGCUGCUCAACCUCCAGCUUCAACAGUAUUUGAGGUGGCUUAAUUUCCAGUUUAGUACUUAAAUAUAUAGUAUAUAUAUAUAUAUAAUAUCUACUUGUUAAAACUCCCGGGUUGUCGAAAGCGAUACUCAUGAAAGAUUGUUUGGAUAUAUAUUACAUAAGAUUGUGAUUGGUGUGU